GCUUCGGUGGGACUAAAUAGCAUGCACCAUGUUGGCAGCAAACGCAGUUACCGUGAAGCCGAUUGGCGCUGCCUUGUCCUGCGCAGACGUGGAGCAGUUUCAAAAUGACGGCUUCCUCCUCCACCCUGAGAGCAUCUUCGACGGUGACACGGAGCUUUCGUUGAAGCGAAUACACGCGGGGUUGGAAGCAAUUCUCAACGGAGAGUACGAAACCGGUAUCCCGCCGAGUAACGCCAACGCCCUCCCGGCCGACCUCCCUCGCGAUGGAAGACUUUCUUUUGACGAUGCCGCACCGGUAUUGAGGCCCGGAGCCAAGCCACGCACUACGAUCCACCUCAUCAAUGCGUGGCGGUGCAACACCACCAUCGCGCAACUCGUCACCUCGCCGCAGCUCGGCGUUGUCGUGGGCCGCCUCAUGGGCUGGGAGAAGGAGGGCUGCCGUGUGGCACAAGAUCAGGUCUGGAUUAAGCCACCCAGCUCCGGGCCGCUUAGCUUUCACCGCGACACGCCGUACCUCGACUUUGUGCCGAAGCAAGUGUGCACUUUCUGGAUUCCGUUUGACGACAUCAGCGUGCCAAACGUGGGCGCCCUGGAGUACUGCCGUGGCUCGCACAGAUGGCUCGACGGCCGGCGCGGCAGUGCGAGGCAGUUCUACAAGCCCGAUUACACGGCGUUGCUUCGCAUUGCCGCGCAGGAUGAGGAGCGUGUGCGCAGCCGCAGCAGCUGCAGCAGCGCGCCACCGGUUGAUGUGGAGGUCGUCAAUACACAUGGCUGCGCCGGGUGCUGCUCCUUUCACAACAGCAAUACGUGGCACGGCUCUGGCCCAAAUGCGACGAAUGGCUGGCGUCGUGGGAUUGGAAUCCACUACAUUCGAGGUGACGCAACGUUCGGCGAGGACUGCGGCAAGCUGUGGCAGCAGUUCCGCCACGCCGACGGCACUACUGUCCUCCCUGACGUCUUCUUUCCCCGUGUUGCACUCCCAUCGUAA